CCACCACCACCCCAAUCGAUGCCUGAAGCCGUCGCCAGUCAAAUCCUCUCAGAGAGUCUUUAUGAGGAACUCGGUGCGUCGAUUCGCGGGCCUAUUCAUGUCCGGGACGAAGCAGAGUUCGUUGAAUACUCGAGCAUCUUCAACGGAAACGUCGUCUGUGUCGCCAAAGCGAUUGUAUGUCCGCUCGACGCAGAGGAUGUGAGCAACGUCAAAGCCGGCGGUUAUGGAACCGGAGGCUGGGCUAUUGGAGGCGACAUCAUAAUCGACCUAUCCAAGCUCACUGACCUUCAUAUUGAGGCCCCACUUCCCAAUGGGAGGGGCUACACGCCUUUGACUGAUCAGGAUGCCGCAAACAAACAACGGGAUAACGGUCCAUCUGGAAAACGGCGUCGUGAAGAGGACUCUGCUCUUCGUUUCUACGAUGCCGCCUCCCAAAGUGUUGCUGAUUUCCUGCGCGGCCCAUAUCAACCAGGGUGGGAUUUGCCCCAGCCAGUUCGUCGCCGGUUAGACGAGCCUAUCCGUGAUAGCCCACGCUCCCGCCAUAUCUCAUCGAGCUCCGGCGAAUCAAGCUCUAACUCUGACGAAUCACGCAGUGCGAGGACUCAAAUUUCCACCACUGUCACCUCUCCUUCUCGGUCUCCCCCUCCAUCAGCGUCAUCCAACCCAGCACAACGCCCUACUGCUACCUCAGGUGGUGACCCUUUCGGCUAUCUCGAUGAUACAAAAGAGACAGAAUCAGCUGCACCGCCCACCCUCCGCCAAAACGCAAACCCACCCCGCCAUCCAGACCCAUGGGCCCAGCAACGCUCCGGUGCCGGCAAUCGAGUUAUCACCAACUCGAAUCUCCCUCCCAUACCGCUCAAUCUGGCUGCGCAGGCCCAGCCUAUUUACCCCCAUGCUUUCGUCACUUUUGGCGCCGGCAAGCGACAAAAAGAGGUCGAUGUUUUUACAGCCGAGAACCAGUUACCAGCGGAGUCGCUUUCGGGUACAAACCUCACGGUUCCCUAUCAUAUACCCUUUUCUGCUCAUCCGGUGGGCUCCGGAGUCAUGCUUUUGGGCGGUUUCGGCUUCCUCAGUCGGCUCCACAGUCUGAGCAUAGACAGUUUGGUUGAAAUGGAGAUGAUUCUCGCGGACGGGCGCAUCGUCAUUGUCAAUAAGGACAGUCACCCAGAUCUCUGGUGGGCUGCUCGCGGUGCUGGGCCCGCUCUGGGUGUCGUGACCCGAUACAAAGCCAAAGCUUACCCGGUACCUGUCGUUUUUGCUGGAAAUUUGCUUUAUCGAUUCCACAGCGCAACUGCACCCUCGCUCAUCAAGCAUUUCCGCGACUGUGUGAAAGGGGCUCCGCGAGAGCUCUAUGCGAACGUACUUCUCACUGCUGGUCCGGAAGGAAAAGACUCGCUGAUUGUCGUUCAAAUGUGCUACAUCGGACCCAAGGACAAGGGCCAAGAAUACCUCCAAGCCCUGUCUUCUUGGGACGGAGAGCGCUGUCUCCUAAACGAAGUACACGAGAAAAGCUUCCUGCAUCAGCAGGACAGUGUCGCCCAGGUACUGCGCGGAAAACCUGGAAGGCAAUGGUUUAUUAGGUCUGCUUUAAUAUCGUCUCUUCCCGACGAAAUCAUCAACGAGACGGUCUUGAAAUUCGCGGGCACGCCCCAUGGCUAUUCGAACCUGGCUGGCGGCGCCAUAUUAGAUCAUGAGGACAACUGCGUGCCCAAAUCGCAACGCGAAGCGGCCUUUACGAUUGCCGCGUUACACCAGUGGGAAAUGACCGUUGACGAUGAUAGGUGCAUCGACUCCGCUGAAGAGUGGAUACGCGACUCGUUGAAACCGGUUGAAUGCGGUGGACCAUUCCCUAGUGUACCUCCUCUCCAUUCAUCGUCUUCGUCCACUCAACCCGCUUUACAGUUCCUUGGGCGCCACGAGCCCGCCUCGCGCGUUAUCUCCUCCUACGGGGACAACUGGCCACGCCUGGUGGAAAUCAAGAAGAAGUACGACCCCAACAAUCUCUUCCGCAACAAUAUCUGGCCGCUGAAUGCCGAUUUGGAGCUUGUGGACCCAAGGACACAUGAGCCUCCUACGCCACCACAUCUUAGAUUCGGACAUUGA